AUGCCCAGCGCACAUACCAACGGACAUACCAAGAAGCUGCUGGUGGUAUUCGGCGCCACGGGCAAGCAGGGUGGCUCCGUCAUCAAGUCCGUGCUGGGCGAUCCGAAGACCGCAGCCAUAUUCUCCAUUCGCGCCAUCACCAGAGAUCCUUCCAAACCGGCGGCACAGAAGCUGACCAAGAUGGGCUGUGAGUGCGUGUCGGCCGACCUUGACGACAAAGACUCUGUCAUCCAUGCCCUCCAGGGUGCAUAUGCCGUCUACGCUGUCACCAACUUCUGGGAGAAGAAGAGUGCGGCGGCUGAGAUCCAGCAGGGCAAGAACAUUGCCGAUGCGGCCAAGCAGUGUGGCGUCCAGCACUUGAUCUGGAGCAGUCUGAUGAAUGUCACCGAGCUCUCGGGCGGAAAACUCUCCAAAGUGGCGCACUUUGAUUCCAAGGCGGCGGUGGAGGCGUACAUCCGCCAACUCGGCGUCCCCGCGACUUUCUUCAUGCCAGGCUUCUACAUGUCCAACAUCCCCGGCCAGAGCCUGAACAACAUGCAGGGCGGCACGUGGAACUUUGCGCUGCCCAUCCCCGUCGACGCGCCCAUGCCGCUGUUCGACGCCGACGCCGAUACGGGCAAGUUCGUCAAGGCCAUACUGUUGCACCACGACCGCGUGCUGGGUGCCCGCAUCUACGGCGCCACGGCCUACUAUACCCCCCAGCAGAUCAUCGCCGACUUCCAGGCCGUUAAAGCCCGUGACGGCCAGGGCGGUGCCGCCCGACAGGUUCCCGAGGAGGCGUUCAAGAAGGUUCUCGCGUCAAAGGGUUUGCCGGAGCCCUUCCAGGACGAGAUGCUCGAGAAUAUGCUGUUGAUGCCGCAGUUUGGGUACUACGGCGGAGCUGAUCUCGCCGAGAGCCAGGCGAUCCUGGACGAGCCGCUCACGACCUGGAAAGACUUUGUCGCUCGUUCCCCGGUGUGGGCGGAGGUGCAUUGA